AUGAUCAUCCAAAACGUUGAAAAACUAUGGCAGCUUGAAGAUGUAAAUGUAAAACGAGAGCAUGUUACCACUGAAGAACACCGAUGUGAAACCCACUUUAUUGACAGUGUGACCAACUGUAAUAGGCGGAUUCAGGAAAAACUCCCAUUUAAGGGCGAUGUCUGUAGUCUAGGAAAUUCACGUCAUAUAGCUCUAACGCGCUUUAUAGCACUAGAAAAUAAGCUUCAGAAAAAUCCUUCGCUAAAAACAGAUUAUAGCCAAUUUUUAAAGGAGUACGAGGAACUGGGGCAUAUGUCUGUAGUACAAAACGUUAAUCUAGAUUCACCGUACUACUUUAUACCCCACCACCGUGUGAUCAAACCGGGAAGUACGACAACAAAACUAAGAGUUGUGUUCGACGCGUCAUGUCGCACUUCGUCACAAGUCUCUCUAAACGAUUUACUAAUGGUCGGUCGUCAAAUUAAAACUGAGUUCAUUAAAACACUUCUUCGCUUUCAAGGCAACCGAUACGCUCUUACAGCCGAUGUUACGAAGAUGUAUCGGCAAUUCAUGCUGCAUCCAGAUGAUCGUAAAUAUCACCUUAUUCUCUGGCGUUAUGACAAAGCUCAGCCAAAUUUCGACAUAUAG